GAGUCUGCCAUAUUUGAACCCUCCCCAUUCCCGAACAACACUUCAUUUCUCUCUCUUUUCCUUCACCAACAAACUUCGUCAACUUACAAUCAGCUAAAUAACGUUUCCAAACCUUUAAAAACACUUAUUUCUUACCAAAAUCUCUCACUCUUGACAUCUCUCUGCCCCGCUACCCCGCCAUCAACAACACCCCUCCAAAUAAUAUUAUCAUAAAGACCAAGGCCUUGACCCUUGGUCACUCCAGUCGUCAAGACGUUUUCCAAUCUCCUUAACUCGACGCACCACCCGUUCGCAGGAGCCCGCUGCUCAGCCGAUUCCGGAGGCUCAGCGGACUCGACCUUUGAACAGUAAAGGUCAAAUCACAAAUAGAACCCGUCCAAUCUCAAUCAAUUUGCAAAUUUCCACGUAAAGCCACUAUUCAUCAUGGCUCCUCACGCGGAAGUCGGCACGGGCUCCUCGAACGGGGCGGUCUACAACGGCCGAGGUUCCUCAGCUACCCAGGACCUCUUUACCGUCAACUCCCCCAACGUCACCUACACUGAUGCGGAAAUUCGUUCUCGAUACACCUACCGCACUACCAAGGUUGACGUUGAUGCCAAUGGCAAGUAUGUCGCUACUCCAAACGAGACUCUCUAUGACUUCAAGGUCGACCGUAAGAUCCCCAAGGUCGGUAUGAUGUUGGUUGGCCUCGGAGGCAACAACGGCACUACCGUCACUGCUGGCAUCCUCGCCAACCGCCGCCAGCUCGCCUGGGAUACCAAGGAGGGUCCUCGCGAGUCUAACUACUACGGCUCUGUUGUCAUGGGCUCUACCCUCAAGCUCGGUCAUGAUGCCAAGACUCAUCAGGAGAUCAACAUUCCCUUCCAUAACAUCCUCCCCAUGGUUCACCCCAACGACCUUGUCAUUGGCGGCUGGGACAUCAGCAAGAUGAAUCUGGCGCAGGCCAUGGAUCGCGCUCAGGUCCUCGAGCCUACCCUCAAGGCCCAGGUCAAGAAGGAGAUGGCUGAGAUGGUUCCCCUUCCCUCCAUCUACUACCCAGACUUCAUUGCCGCCAACCAGGAGGACCGUGCUGAUAACGUUCUCGAGGGCUCCAAGGCUUGCUGGGCUCAUGUUGAGAAGAUCCGCCAGGACAUCCGUGACUUCAAGGCCAAGAACGGCCUUGACAAGGUCAUCAUCAUGUGGACUGCCAACACCGAGCGAUAUGCCGACCUGAUUGAGGGCGUCAACGACACCGCUGACAACCUUCUCAAGGCCAUUGAGCAGGGUCAUGAAGAGGUCUCUCCCUCCACUGUCUUUGCCGUUGCCUGUAUUCUUGAGAAAGCCCCUUUCAUCAACGGCUCCCCACAGAACACCUUUGUCCCCGGCGCCAUUGAGCUUGCUGAGAAGCACAAUGCCUUCAUUGGUGGUGAUGACUUCAAGUCUGGCCAGACCAAGAUGAAGUCUGCCCUGGUUGAUUUCCUCAUCAAUGCUGGUAUCAAGUUGACUUCCAUUGCAAGCUACAACCAUCUCGGCAACAACGACGGCAAGAACUUGAGCUCCCAGAAGCAGUUCCGCUCCAAGGAAAUUUCCAAGUCCAACGUCGUUGAUGACAUGGUUGAGGCUAAUCACGUUCUGUAUAAGAAGGGCGAGCACCCUGACCACUGUGUCGUCAUCAAGUAUAUGCCCGCUGUUGCCGACAACAAGCGUGCUCUUGACGAAUACUAUGCCGAGAUUUUCAUGGGCGGUCACCAGACCAUUUCGCUCUUCAACAUUUGCGAGGACUCCCUUCUUGCCUCUCCUUUGAUCAUUGACUUGGUCAUCAUUGCUGAGAUGAUGUCUCGAAUCCAGUGGAAGGCUGUAUCCUCCGAUGGUACUGCUACUACCGAAUACAAGAGCUUCCACAGUGUCCUGAGCGUCCUUAGCUACAUGCUGAAGGCUCCCCUCACCCCUCCUGGCACUCCCGUUGUCAAUGCACUAGCUAAGCAGCGUGCUGCUCUUACCAACAUUUUCCGUGCCUGCGUUGGCCUCGAGCCGGAGUCCGACAUGACUCUUGAGCACAAGCUCUUCUAGGCGCUACGCCUAUGCUUAAUGUUCUUGACAUAGAUUGAUUUGAAUGAGGAAGAUUUAUAGGACAGUCUUUACCGGAUGCUCUUAUUGCUAUUUGAAAACCGAAAAAUCAUAUAAAGAAGGAGGAGAGAUCAAUUAGCCCCAUAGACAACCAAAUUCAAUUGUGCCAUUCUCCUCAUGAUAUACGGAAUCACCAUGUAUAUGACACCGCGCAAUAUAUUGUAUGCGUGCUUGGCCCUCGCUAUGUAUACAUACCUGAGGCAGGCAUUUGGACCUUAGCUAUCUGAGGAUUUGGAUGAUCUGGGAGGCCAGGGAGAUCAGUCUAGAAAGGUACCUUAAGCGACAAGGAUGUAUCAUCAUUGCAAGGGUGUUAAUUGAAUUUUAACGUGGCUGGUAGACUUUACGCGGGA